ACGACACAAGGAGUGGGCCGUUCACGGAGGGAGUGAGGUGGUCUGAUGAGGACUACCUGGGGUCUCGAGCCUUCUUCAGGAUCAUGUCUGACCCGCCCACCCUAGUGCUGGAGGACGUAAAGGUGGUUGACCAGGCCGUGUACACCUGCAGGGUCGACUACAAGGUCAGACCCUCGGCCAUCACCAAGGUCAACCUCACCGUCAUUGUUCCUCCAGGACCUCCCAUCAUCCUUAAUAAGAUCGGAGGGCAAUUGGGCCACGCCGUAGGACCCCUGGAGGAAGGUUCCCACACCCAGCUUACCUGCAGGUCGGUGGGCGGCUACCCUACCCCCACACUCACCUGGUGGAAGAACGGAGAGAGGCUGGACCAGGCUGUACGUGUUGAUCUUCUGCAGGUGAGCAGCAUCCGGGGAACGGGCGUGGAGGCGAGAGUGAUGUUUGAGGCGGCGAGAGAUGUUCAGGGCGCCACCCUUACCUGCCAGGCUCUCAACAAUAACAUCACUGAGCCUUCCUCCACCUCCCUCACCGUCAACGUCCUGCUACGCCCAUUGUCGGUGGAGAUCGUGGGCGGUGUGGGGAAACUGUCAGCAGGUCGGCCCGUGGAGUUGGUUUGUCGGGCGGUCGGGUCACGCCCUCCCGCCCGUAUCACCUGGUGGCGCGACUCACAGCAAAUCACUGACGUCACGCACACGGUGAUGAACGGAGGUAACGUCACAACAGGUUCGGUUAUCCUAAUGCCAACGCGACAAGAUGACGGGAAACACAUCACCUGUCGUGCCUCUAACCCCGACAUACAACACUCUAUGCUGGAAGACUCGGCAAUCCUCACAAUACGAUACAAGCCGGAGGUGGAGCUGGCUCUGGGGGCGGCACUGAACCCUGAUGCCAUAAAGGAAGGUGACGAUGUUUACUUCGACUGCACCAUACACGCCAACCCAAAGGCCCACCGCGUCACCUGGUACCAUAACGGUAACCUCCUGGAGACCAACAAGAGCGCUGGACUCUUCAUCUCAGACGAGAGUUUGGUGCUGCAGAAGGUACAGCGAGGGCGUGCGGGCGUGUACACAUGUGCCGCCCAGAACCUGGAAGGGCAAGGUCUCAGCAACGCCAUCACUCUCAACGUCAUGUUCGCGCCCGUGUGCAGCUCCCCAGGCAGAAGGACUCAGGGCGUGGCCAGAAUGGAGAGUGCCAAGGUGGUGUGCCAGGUGGAGGCAUUCCCCCUUCAGGUUAACUUCACAUGGCGCUUCAACGGGUCUUCUGAAGGCGAGGCGUUACCUCUUCUGGCCAUUAGAAACCAGGGGACGUCUUCCAUGCUUAACUACACCGCCUCCAUUGAACAGGACUACGGCACUCUCCUCUGCUGGGCCUCCAACAAGAUAGGAAUCCAGAAGGAGCCCUGUGUAAUCCACCUUAUCCCUGCAGGACCCCCGGACCCUCCUAGGAACUGCUCUAUAGCCAACCAGACGAGCGAGGCACUAGUGGUGGAGUGCUCGCCGGGGUUUGACGGAGGACUUCCCCAACACUUCGUCAUGGAGGCGUGGGACGAAGAAGCCCUCCUCUCCAACACCUCCAGCCUGGCGCCGGAGUUCGUAGUUCGGGGUUUAGAAGCGGGUAUGGGAGUCACCCUCAAGGUUCGAGCGACCAACACCCGCGGCCAGAGCGCCUCCGUCACCCUCGAAGCUGACAUCAUGAAAGUGGCGGAGAAGCGGAUACGUCCCCCAGAAGAGAUGUUCGUACCUCCUGUCGUGGGCGCCGUGGUGGGUGGUGUAGGCGCCGUGCUGGUGCUGGUUGUGGCAGGGUUGGUCCUCACCCACUACGCCCACCGUACCCGACCCCAAAACCAUCAACCUAAGAAUGAGUCGCCGCCCACACUCACUAGUGUAUACGUGGGUGGCGGGAGUAGCGAGGACACCCACACGCUGGCCAAGUCUGGCAACCCAGACGUGGUCAGAGGCACAGGCGAGGAGGACGAGGAGUUGGAGGAGACUCUAGGUCUAGGGACGCCGAGGUGUGUGGAGGCGGUGGCGAUCCUUCAGGGGAACAGCGUGUCGGGGGUGACCACCACGCUGCCGGACCAUCACAAGGGAGUGGACGUGGAGUACGUUGAGGUGAUGUCUGGCGGCCCGCUCAGUUCUACCAUCAGACGUCGUGAAGAACCUGUAGUGUACACGAGCCUCGCCCCACACCCUUACCACGCCUACCCUGCCCACCCCUCCCAUUCCGCCCACCCCGCCCACCCCGCCCACCCCACCCACAUGCAACAGGUCAUGAUAGACCCCAGGGAUAUGGGUCAUGAUAUGAUCGAUGGCUGCAUGACCACCACCACUUCCCUGCAUGACCUGGCGGGCGUGCUGCAUCCUGUCCGGGGUCACCAUCCCUCCCAGGCGCCGUCGAUGGGCCGAGAUGAAAGUGUUAGUGUAUACGGGACGCUGCGCCGGGGAGGAGAGAGGCUACGGGAAGGAGGACCCCCUCAUCCGCGAGCUGUAGGCACCUUCCUAGCCACCAGCCACCAAGAGAGUGCCGUCUAAUCACCCCCAAAGCGAGUUUUCUC